AUGCCGAGACCAUUAGCAUUAAUGUCUGGAAACUUUGAUGACCCUCCCGCCUCCGACUCCUAUAGUGAGACGGCAGACCGGAUUGUAAGAGAGAUCUUAAACAACACCCAAUCGCCCGAUGACAUCAGUCCGUCUGGAGAGUUAUACAGAGCCAUAGAACGUGCUCAUCGGAGAAGAGGGACACCAGCUUUACCCGGAUCGCAACUGGUGAGCGGACCAAGCAUGUCUUUAGAGCAGGAUCCGGAUAGAAGGCGACGCAUACGACGUGAAGAUGUCGAGGUCUCGCCCCUCUUUGUAUUGCCACCAAACCCCCCGCAAGCCGAACCGUCCCCCCGGGAUCGAGCCUCACCCUCGAGAUUUGGGAUCAGUGCUAGGCAGCCUGCUAGGCGCGGGAGGACUCGAGUAUCAAUAAGUGAAAGGUUCUCGGAGAGGAAUCAGGCACAGCGGGACAGAGAGAUGACUGCGAGUAAUGGCCUGGCCGAUUUACAACAUGCUGGGAGACAAUUGGAGCAGGCUAGCUCUACGUUGAGAGCACUUUUGGAUGACCCUGUCCCCAAUAUUUCGCCUCCAGCUCUUGAGCCUCACGAUUAUUCCCCCGAGAGCGAGCAGAACCGACGAGCCAAACGGAGGAAGAUUGAAUCGGAUAAGUUGGACUCGGGAUUUACGGGCUUCAGUUACGGAAGAUAUGGCCAGGUAGAGCCUGGUAAACUCAAGAUGGAAAUUGUUAGCUGUGAUGGAGGAAUUUUCUCGGAGCAUGGAGGGAACUAUGCUGCCGAGAAUGUGUUGAAAAAUGAUUCUACAGUAUAUUGUACCAAGAGCAAUCGGUGCAACCUGGUCCUCCGACAUCAAGGAGCCACGGUAUUCAGUCUAAAAGAACUGGUUAUCAAGGCUCCCCAUUCUGGUUAUACUGCUCCUGUUCAGGAAGGCAUGGUUUUUAUAUCUAUGACAUCCGACGAUCUUUUGACUCGCACAGCUCAAUAUCAAAUACAAUACUCGCCAGCUCGGCCAAGACGCUCUGCAUCCCAGCGAGCUAAUGAGUUACCACCAAUAAUGUCCGUUCGACAUAACGAAGAUGGGAGCAUGUCGACUGCUCAAGCUCGAGCACGAAGACUAUACAACAUUGGUCUUGAAGACGAAGAUUGUGAUUAUCGGACGGCGCAAAUACCAUCCGAGUUCACAGAAAAUGCGCCAGCAUUUCAAGUCACGACCGAAUGCAGCGAUUCCGAAGGUGAUGAACCUCCAGCACAAUCCUCUCGGCAUCGAACACUCCAUCGCGUAAUGAGCUCCAUUCGAUUUGAAGAUUCAGAUAGCAGCGAAGACGAUAACGCAGACCCAUCUGGGCCAUGGCAUGAAGACUACCUCCUCGGUAUCGGCAGACCACCUCGUCUCAGACGACGAGAAACUGCAAGCAACAUCACAUUGGCAGAAGCUGCAGAAGCGUCCCAAGCAGCAACGCAAGAAGCUGUUCGCGCCGUAGGAGGAGAGCUCAUGGCACCGCACGCGAGAUUCUUCAUCGAGCGAGACAAGAGCAAAUGUACAAUCCGAUUCGACCCGCCUGUUAGUGGACGCUUCAUACUUUUGAAAAUGUGGAGUCCACAUCAUAGUUCGACUGGAAAUAUUGAUAUCCAGAGCGUUGUUGCUAGGGGUUUUGCUGGCCCGAGAUACUUUCCGGCUAUUACGAUGAGAUGA